AUGGUCACUGUAAGGUCUAUUAUGGCUUUAGCUUCCCCUUGCAGUUCGUUUGUGUUUCAAAGGGAUGUUCACAAUGCAUUCUUGCAAGGUGAUCUCCUAGAAGAUGUCUAUAUGCAGAUUCCAGAUGGUCUUGCCAACCAGGGGGAAACCAGAUGCAAACCAACUUCUACUUCACUAGAAUUCAAUGGCAAGCUUACUUCUGCUGACUAUGAUAGAUGCAUCAAUGUGAACAAGGAUGAUAAAUUACUAUUUGAAGACUCUGGAAAGUAUCAAAGACUAGUAGGAAGACUACUAUACUUAACCAUGUCCAGACAAGAUAUUGCCUUUGUGGUUCAGGAUAGCUGUGUGGAGACUAGAAGGUCUGUUACUGGCUAUGUAGUAAAGUUUGGUCAAGUUGUGAUCUCCUGGAAGUCUAAGAAGCAUAAUAUUGUCUCAAGAAGCUCUGCAGAAACUAAAUUCAGAAGCAUGGCAACAACAGUAACUGAGCUAGUUUGGCUAAAAGGAUUAUUCUCAGAAUUGGGAGUUGAAGUGACUUAUCCUUUAAAACUAUUUUGUGACAGCAAAGCUGCCACUCAUAUUGCUGCACAUCCUAUAUUUCAUGAGAGAACAAAGCACAUUGAAAUUGAUUGUAACUUUGUAAGGAAAAAAAAAAUACUUGGAAGGAUUGAUACACAUUCAACAUAUAGGUACCAAGGAACAACAAGCAAAUCUGCUAAAAAAGGGUUUGUGUAA